GUAAUAACGGACGUACUAUUUCUACAUAGUUAUACAGUAUAUAUGUAUUACAUUUACGAAAAAAGAAUUCCAGAUUGAUGUUAAAUAAAAAAGACUUGCAACAAAUAAAUGAAAAUGGACGUGUCCUUUUUAAAAUGAGAAAGUGAUAAAGUGCGUUUUGUGUUUUUCACUUAUAUAAUAUUAUAGGAUAAUGUAGUGAUUUAUUUUGUAUAUUCAAUAAUUUUCAUAAUGUCACCAACAGAUUGCGGAUGGACAGAUGUAAAUAUAAAACUGAAAGUUACCUGGUUGGUUAGCGAUCAAUUACCAGAAACGAAUGAAGAUGUAACACAAGACAUUCUGCGAGAUACUCCAGAUUCAGUGUUACGUUGACGCCCGAAACAUGCAUAACGUAAAAAUAUUUAAAAAUCUAUUAUUGGCGUCGUUAGUUGUGACUAUAGUUUACACUAUAUAUCCCAAGGUAUACAUAGGCACGAGUGAGCCCAUCAAAAAAUACACACAUGAACAUUUUAUACAGUAUUACAAUGGUACGGAAGACUUUUUAAUCGACACACCUGGAUGUUUCAUACCCAAUUAUAUGCAAACAAUGAAAUUCAAUGAAGCGAAUGAUGCCAAGAAAACAUGUGGCGAACGAACAAUAUUUAUUAAGAAAAAAUCUAAUGAUAUUUUAAUGUUUACAAUCGAUGAAAUAAAAAUGAGACAUUAUACAAAGAAGAAGUAUUCAUGUUGCUACCAAUUCGCUGGACCGUCUAAUGUUUCAGGGAAGUUAGAUUAUACUUCAUUAAGAUAUUCGAGUUGUAAAGAAUUCAAAAAUGGAACGGAGACAGUUUUAAAAGAGGAAGUAAUAACCGUGAAAUGCACACUUAAUGCAGCUAAAAAAGUGUUAAUUUAUGAAGACGCAUAUGCAAUACUAAAAAAAAUAAAAAAACCCUAUGAAAAGAGGGACGACGAGAGAUCUUGGAACAUUUUAAUAUUAGGAAUGGAUACCAUGUCAAGAGGUCGCGCUUACAGCAGUAUGCCAAAAACAACUGAUUAUAUGUUAACACACAAUUGGUUGGACUAUAGAGGAUACCAAAAGGUAGGAUACAACACAUUCCCGAAUGUAAUGUCUUUAUUGACUGGCAAGAACAUGUCAACAAUAUACAGAGCCUGCUCAUCGGGUAUGGAUAAAUGUAACCAAAUGCUUAUAUGGUCAAAAUUUCAAAAGGCAGGUUACGUAACCGCCACUGGUGAAGACUACUUAAGACUACCCGACACAUUUGGUAAAUACGGAUAUAAAUCCGCACCCACCGAUCAUUACUUACGGCCGCUCUUUCUGACAGGAGAACAUUCGUAUGGUAAUCUAGUAUGCACGAAGAAGAUGGCAUCGCCGAAUCAUAUCCUUGAUUACGCUACAGCGUUUUCAGAAACUUACAAAGACGAAAAGUUUUUUGGAAUGUUUUGGUUUAAUUCAUACAGUCAUAAUCUAGAAAAUAAACCUCAACUUAUUGAUGAUGGAAUCGUGAAUUACUUUAUUAGACUUAACAGUUCAGGCGUCAUGAACAAUACAUUAAUAUUUUUCUUAAGCGAUCAUGGAAUGCGGUACGGGAAAAUGAGAGAACAAGUCGAAUCAUAUUAUGCAGAACGUCUACCAAUGCUAUUCAUAUGGGUCCCUGAGGAUUUUCGAAAAAAAUAUCUACAAGAAUAUAUAAAUUUAGAAAUUAAUCAAAAUCGAUUAAUAACGCCAUAUGAUUUACAUCUAACAUUAUGGGACGUAAUGAUCAGGUCGAAAAUGUCAACAGAUAAAAUUGCUUCCGAAGCAUGUCCAAAUUGUGAUAGUAUUUUUAAUGAAAUAAGUCCAUACAGAAAUUGCGCAGACGCAAACGUCGACGAAAAAUGGUGCACGUGUCAUAAAAUGAAAAGUGUUAAUCGAACUGAAAUUGACGUAAAACACAGUAUUGAAUUAGUUGUAAAAUAUUUACAAAAUAAAACAAAAAAUAUACAGACGACUUCGUGCAUGAAAUGUGUAGUGUUAAAUUUAAAAACUAUUUUACGAACGCACACGUACCGCGACGAAUCUCUUAACAGUACUUAUUUUGUAUUAGCGUUAGUGAUGACGCCAGGCAACAUCGGCUAUGAAGCAACGAUUGUAAAACGUAAUGGAGAAUUGAGUAUCAUGCAGCCUACUUAUACGAUAACAAGUUAUAACACUAGAGGCAGUUGUGUUAUUGAACCAAAUCAUCGUUCAUAUUGUGUCUGUGAAAAAAUAGCUAAAUGUAAAAUUAAACACUAAAAAAUU